AUGGUUUGGAUGGGAGAAGCAGAGGCUCUCUGCCUUGUCAGGGAAAGGACAUCAGUACCUGUUCCUAAAGUAUUCAACGCCUACGCUAUUGGCGAUGUUGGGUUCCUUGUGAUGGAAAAAGUUCCGGGGAUUCCUCUGGAAGAAUGCUGGGAAUGUUUAACAGAAGGUGCCAGAAAAUUGAUUGAAUGGCGCCAGAUUGAAGGGCCACUGUUUGGACCUGUUGAUGGCGGUCCAUGCGAAGAUGUCCUCUUUAAGCACUCGUGGGACGCAGCAAAGUCCCGUCAAUAUGGACCAUUUUCGACAAGAAAGGAAUUCAACCAAGGGGUCGUGGAGGCUCUCCGCAACGCCAGACCUUAUGGAAAGCUCACCAAGAGGGAUGAGCCUCUGGCGGAGAGAAUUCUUGCAUCUGAUAGCCAGGAUGAGAGGAAGGUGCUCACACAUGGCGAUUUGCACCAAAGCAAUAUCAUGGUAAAGGAUAAUGUCAUCACCGGAAUCAUUGACUGGGGCGCAGCCGGCUAUAGUAUAUCAGCAAGAGAAUACUUUUGCUUGCGGUGGCAAGCGUUGGAUCUGGAUUGGAGAGAACUUAUAUCUACUAUGCUCGACGGCGACGAGUAUGAGUUUUGGGCUGAGGUGAAUCAAUCCAUGGUGGAUUAUACUGGAAUUUGA